AUGUCGUCCUGGUUCUCCUCUUCCACGCCGGCUGGCCCCAACAUUCACCCCGUUCAGACGACCUUCUCGGACCCGAAUGCGCUCUUCGGACCCUUGACGGCGAAGGAUCUCGAGUGGAACUGCGCCGGCGGCAUCAACACGGAGACGCAAACAUGGUAUGCGACCUUGAAGGACGGGUCCAUCGUCAUGUGCCAGAUCAUCCACUCCAGCAUUGGUCUCCUGUGGCCGACGAUCCAAGUCACCUUCCGCCACGCCAACCCGAAGACGGGCAAGAACACGUGGAAAUCCGUCACGGUCUCGAACUUCAAGGUGCAGGCCGACAAGCGCUCGAUGAAGUCUGACCAGAUCACCGUCACGAUGGACCCCACCUCUUCCUCCAAGUACACGAUCGAGGCCAAGUACGACGACGAGGUUCAGAUCUCGCUGCAGUACGAGCGCCUCGCCGAGGGCUUCAAGAUCGGCGCCGGUCCUAAGGGCGGUUUCACCUACUUUGGCCAGCUCUCGGGCAAGGCUUCGCCCACCGAUGGCUCGCCCGACUACGCCGGCGGCGCCGACGGUUACGCGAUCCACCGAUUCUGGCCUCGUUGCGCCGUCAGCGGUAUUAUGCGCGUCGGGAACGAUGUGACGGACCUUGAGGGCGCACGAGGAGUCUUCAUCCACGCGAUCCAGGGCAUCCGGCCCAACAUCCUCGCCGCGAGCUGGAACUUUGCCAACUUCCAGACGGUCGAGAAGGAGGGCGAGGAGGCCGUCUCGCUCAUCAUGAUGGAGUUCACGACGACCCCUGCGUACGGCUCCAAGGUCAUCAACGUCGGCUCGGUUGUGGUUGGCGACAAGCUCGUUGCGGUUACGGCGGGGGGUUCGGGCGUCGGCGGCGGCUCGAACGUCACGCACCAAGAUCCGGUCAAGGACGCCGAGACGGGCUACGACGCGCCGAGCGCGCUCAAGUUCUGCUGGGAGGGCGCCAAGCUCGAGGGCGAGGGCUCGAACCUCAAGGCCGUCACCGAGGGCAACAGCAAGGUUCACGCCGUCUUCACCGAGGACCUGCUCGUCGACAAGGAGGGCUACAAGACCAAGGGCCUCGUCGAGAAGGUCGAUGUUCUCGGACAGAUCCCCUACCUCAUCAAGAAGUUUGUCAACUAUGCGGCCGGCACCAAGCCUUUCAUCUAUACCUGGCUCAACCCGGUCAAGGCGUCCAUCACGCUCGGCACCGGCAGCGAGACCAAGACGCUCGACGUCGACGGCUACGUCUUCACCGAGGCGACCAUGAUCUCCUAG